GCUAGCGCCGUUGCUGCGAGUCCACCGUAGUUACACACACACACACUACCUAGCGUUAGCAACAAGACCCACAGCAGCAUCACAGAGUCUGUAAGGUUAACUCGGAGUAUUCACAGGUGCGGGUGUAGGAGUGCGCCGGCGGGGAAACGGAUCCGCAAUGCUGAACCCGACCAAUGGUGACCCAGGUCACGUUGUUGUGAACUAUGUGGAGGAGUAUUUGGACCUUGUGGAGUCCCUUCCUUUUGACUUGCAAAGGAGCGUGUCCCUCAUGAAGGAAAUUGAUGCCAAGUAUCAAGAUGUUCUGAAGGAGCUUGAUGAUGCUUAUGAGCGGUAUCGCCGUGAAUCUGACUCCCUUCAGAGGCGCAAGCUUCAGUUGUCUAUUCAGAGGGCGCUGAUUCGCAGUCAGGAGCUUGGAGAUGAAAAGAUCCAGAUUGCUGGCCAAAUGGUGGAGCUGGUUGAGAACCGAACGCGACAAAUAGACUGGCAUUCAGAACUACUCCUUUCCUCUCAAGAAAUCCCGGAAAGUCACAUUCCUCCGGCCACCUCCAUGACAACCACUGCAUCGUCUUUGAUGUCCUCAACAUCAGCUACAGUUACUGUGGGCAAACCCAGUCACCAUGACAAGAAGCGCGAUGAGGUCACAUCAGCUUCAGGCGGUGGAGAAAAGGCGGGAGGGAAACGCUCACGACGUCAGAAAAAUGGAGAAAAUCGGGAAAGCUACGGGGGUCUGGAUCAUGCUGAGGAAGUGGGAGUGGGGGUGUCUCGGGAAAAGAAGGCCAAAACAUCUUCCAAAAAAAAGAAAAGGUCAAAAGGAAAAUCAGAGAGAGAAGUGUCUCCUCCAGACCUGCCCAUCGAUCCAGAUGAGCCAACAUAUUGCCUGUGCGAACAGGUGUCUUACGGCGAGAUGAUUGGCUGCGAUAAUGACGAAUGUCCCAUUGAGUGGUUUCAUUUCUCCUGCGUCGGGCUCCAUCAUAAGCCUAAAGGCAAGUGGUACUGCCCGAAGUGUAGAGGCGAAAACGAGAAGACCAUGGACAAGGCCUUAGAAAGGGCUAAGAAGGAGAGGGCCUACAACAGGUAGCUCACCUGGCCCCAUGAACAUUCCUGUGUGAAAAAUUUAAUUUUAUCUAUAUUAGUCUUCAUUUACAGUUAACAGUGUUUGCUAAAAAAAAAAAAUCCACGAAGAGAGGGGUGUUGUAAAUAGUUAUUUUUGUAACAGCUGUGUACCUGAGAAACGAGAAUGCCACCUCCUGGUUGUUUACAAACAGUAGCUGUAGUACAGUACACAACCAUGUGCAUGUUUGUAACAAGCUGUCCUGCACAUCGUCCCUCUUUGUGUUCAUCUUGCAUGCAACAUCACAAGCUUAACUAUAUAAACUCAAAUAAAAAACAAAGUAGAAA